UGGCCGCGGGCUGAGCAUGGCCGGCCGCGGGCCGCUCGCCCUCCUCGCCCUCCUCGCCCUCCUCGCCCUCCUGGCCCCGCGCGGCGCCCAGCCCGCAGUGUUUCUUCCCACCUCAAAAGCAAAUGAAGUUCUGGUGAGAUGGAAACGAGCCAGGUCCUACCUUUUGGAAGAGCUCUUUGAGGGAAAUUUAGAAAAGGAAUGUUACGAAGAAAUCUGUGUCUAUGAGGAAGCAAGAGAAGUAUUUGAAAAUGACGCAUCCACUGAUGAAUUUUGGAAGACGUAUCUGGGCGGCUCCCCGUGCGUCUCCCAGCCCUGCCUCAACAACGGGUCCUGCCAGGACAGCAUCCGCGGCUACACCUGCACCUGCGCCCCGGGCUACGACGGCCGGGACUGCGCCUUCGCUAAAAAUGAAUGUCACCCUUUGAGGACGGAUGGGUGUCAGCACUUCUGCCACCCGGGGCCGGGGUCUUACACGUGCAGCUGUGCGAAGGGGCAUAAGCUGGGCCAGGACCGCAGAUCCUGCAUCCCCCACGACAGGUGUGCGUGCGGAGCCCUCAGCUCUGAGUGCCUUCUGACGUCACAGGGAUGCGAGCAGGACCUUCCGACUUUCCCGUGGCAGGUAAAACUAACAAAUUCCGAAGGAGAAGACUUCUGUGGAGGUGUUCUAAUACAGGACAAUUUUGUACUGACAACAGCAAAAUGUUCACUCUUGUACAGAAACAUUAGUGUGAAAACAAGUUCCCGCUGCCGGGCGCGCGAGGCCCCGCCGGCGGUGGAGGUGAAGGGCGUCCACGUGCACACGAGAUUCGAGGCGGACACGGGGGACAAUGACGUGGCCCUGCUGGAGCUGGCGCGGCCCGUGCGCUGCCCCGACGCCGGGCGGCCCGUCUGCACUGCCGAGGCCGACUUCGCCGAGCGCGUGCUCCUCCCGCGGCCGGGCGUGCUGGGCGGCUGGACCCUCCGCGGCCCCGAGCUGGAGCCCGCGCGGCUGCCGGUCACGCACGUGGAGCCCGGAGAGUGCGGCCGGGCCCUCAACGCCACGGUGACCACGCGGACGGGCUGCGAGCGGGGCGCGGCGGCGGCCGGGGCGGCGCGGUGGGCGGCGGGCGGCGCGGUGGCCCGGGAGCACCGCGGCGCCUGGUUCCUCACCGGCCUCCUGGGCGCCGCGCCCCCCGAGGGCCCCGGGCCGCUCCUGCUCAUCAAGGUCCCCAGAUACGCGCUCUGGCUCCGGCGAGUCACGCAGCGGCCGAGCUCCGCCAGCUGGAGAGGCGACCACGGUCACGGACGCGACAGGGAGCCGGUGCUGGGGUGACAGCGCCCCCAGCCCCUCCCCCGGGACCCCUCGUCUGAGCAGAGCCCCGGAGAGGAGGGGGGAGGGGCGCGCGUCCAGCAAUAAAAGCAGAGCUGCCGGCACCGCACGGCGCUUUCCUGAAA